AUGGAACACUUGUUUGUAUUUGUUUUUAACAUAAAAAAUGCAAGCAUUGUAAUACUGGACAACAACAUCUCAGCAGCAACAAUCAAAGAUAAGUACAUGCUUGUACUCAAAAACCUGAAAAAAUACUUCUUGAGAUAUCUCCAUGAGAUAAAUCAUCCACGAUGUCAUGCCCUUGAAGACCCAGAUAUCAAACCACAAAUACCACAUCUGCUAUGUAAAACUAAAGAUAACAAAACAAAUUGUGGAGUAUUUGUGAUGAGAUACAUGGAAACGUAUAUGGGUGAAACAGAUUACAAAACCGGAUUCCCAAAAGAAGGAACUCAAGAUGCGUUGUUGGAUUGGGUGAGAACCAAAUAUGCUUAUGCAUUGAUAAGUUCUUAAAUUAAUUUCAUGAAGGAUGAUAUCAUGGAACUUGCUCAUGAGUACAACAAACAAAAUAAAGAGAAGAGAGAAAGUGAUCAAAGAAAAGCUUGUGCAGAAAUCCAUAAAAGGUUGAAUGACUGCCAAUAUGGUUGAUUGAUUGAAGGCAAAAGGGUGAAUGGGAAAAUGAAGAUGCAAGUGCUGAAGGUGAAGAUGGAUAAUUUCUUUGUUGAUUUAUCAAGACAAUAUUAGUUUUUAAUUAGAUAUGUGGAUAUGCAGAGAUAGUGGAUGUGAAUCUUUGAAAAUAUAUAUGAUAUGAUAGAUAUGCGGG